UGAUCUGUCAUUCAGAAGUGAAAAAAAGUCAACCGUUCGUAUUUUUUUGCAGUGGACUGCGCGGCAGAGUGUGAAUUUACGUGCUUUCGUUUUGAAAGUUUUCUAUUAGUUAAAAUAAAUCACACAAUUUGUGUGAAUUGUGACUGGUAAUACCCCAAUUACUCCAGUUAUCACCUAGUAGUAAAAGGCGAACGGAAGUGAAGUGUAAAAAUCCUUGUGUAUUGACGUGUGCCUGCAGAAUACGGGACAGGAAAGACGGAUUUCGGGUGUUUGCGGGUUGGUGGUCAACACAGCAGAAUGGCUGGAUACCUAACGAAGGAACACCUCGCCGGGUUUGAUAGUUAUAAGUAUAGUGCUAGAGAUACCUCCCCUCUGAGUAUCUAUGUGAUGCACCCUUUCUGGAAUUGGCUAGUAGAGUACUUUCCAAAAUGGGUUGCUCCAAAUUUGAUGACAUUUGCCGGUUUUCUAUUCACGGUGUUAAACUUCGUAAUACUCUCCUGGUACGACUGGGGAUUCUACGCUAGCACAGACUGCGAGAACUGCACACCCAUCCCGAACUGGUUUUGGCUGAUAGCUGCCCUAAACAUAUUCCUCGCGUACACCCUGGAUGGUAUCGACGGUAAGCAGGCGCGCCGGAUAGGACUUUCCGGACCACUGGGUGAGCUGUUCGACCACGGACUGGACUCUUAUUCGGCGUUUUUCAUUCCCGCUUGUUUGUAUAGCAUUUUUGGACGAGGUGAACUCUCGGUGCCGCCCAUUCGUAUGUAUUAUAUCAUGUGGACGAUCUUCUUCAACUUUUACCUCUCGCACUGGGAAAAGUAUAACACGGGCGUGCUGUAUCUGCCAUGGGGGUACGAUUUAGGAAUGUGGGGAUCGGUGCUUAUGUAUUUGGCUACGUGGCAGUAUGGAUACCAGAUGUGGAAAACGGAGCUACCUUGGAGUAUUUCGGCGGGACAGCUAAUGGAACUGUGUUUGCAUGUAAGCGCAAUGUCGAACCUGCCGAUGGUGGUUUACAAUAUGUAUCGAUCGUACAAGGAUCGCACCGGAAAGAUGCGAACAAUGAAGGAAGCCCUUCGGCCACUGUUCACUUAUGGGACGUUCAUGUUCGUGUCGCUUCUGUGGGUGUUUAUAUCUCCCAACGAUAUUAUGAACAAGGAUCCACGGGCGGUCUACAUCCUCAGUGGCACGAUUUUCAGCAACAUAAGUUGUCGACUGAUCGUCUCGCAAAUGUCUAAUACAGUUGUUGAAACUUUCAACUGGAUGACUGGGGUUCUGUGUGUUGCCGUAUUAAUGAGCAUUUCAAUGCCCGCUAUUGAGCGACCACUACUGUAUUUACUUGUUGUCGGCAGUUCACUGGCUCAUUGGCAUUACGGAUCUGUUGUGGUACAACAAAUGUGCGAGCACUUCAAAAGGAUAUGCUUCAAAGUGACCAAGUCAACGGAAAUCAAAAAAUAAAGUUGCAAAUCUACUUUAGGAUUUGUUUUGCACUUCAACCCGAAAGAUUUACAAAGUCUACAUCACAGCUAACUUGGGUGCAGAAACAGUGAAAUUUACGGUUAACUGUAUAGAUAGGACGCGCGUUUUCAAACGAUUAGAAUGAAACAUCACACUAAUUAAGUAUAAUUUAUUUUCGUCAGCUAAAAAGUGACUACUGUAGUUUUGUUCUUGAUGGGUUGGAACCCAAUUAAUGUUGAAACUGCAUUUAUAGCUAUUCAAUUACCUCAUCCGAUUCGUUCAUUCGUGCUACAUUUAAAAGCGUAGAUAUGGUUACAGUGAAAUGGUUCUCGAAAAUAAAAUUUUCUCGCUUUAAUAGGCUUAUAUGUAGGAAGAAAUUUAUCCCAAAGAGCUGCUUUGAGAACGGCAAGCAUACUAAUACGAUCAUUGCGUUAGAUAGAUGGAAUUCUUUAAUUUGUCAUGACAAACAUCGCGACAAUAAGAAGUGGACUCGAACAGAACCGAAGUUAUUUUACGUUAUUUAACACAUAAUAAUUUUCAUCUCAAAGUUAUAUUGUAGUCUCGAAUUUUAGUUUCGUUUUGUGCCAUUCUAAUUUCUAGUAGUAUUAUCAUAUUGUAUCUUUGAUUCUAAAUAUACCUAAUGCAAAACUGUAUUUUAUCAUAUUUCGCAUGUUUCCAACGAGUUCAAUUAGUUCUUUGUUUGGAUUUGUAUGACGUUAAUACCUGAGAAAGAGGAAUAGAAAACGGUUAAAAUACCAAAAAUAAUUGGAAAGUAUUGAUUAGAUUGGUCCACAAGUGGAGUAUUCAUCCAUACCAUCAUCGGAAGUAAACUAUUUUAUCAACUGCAUCCCUACUAAUGUUAUACUUCAGGAAUUGAUAACAACUAUGAAUAUAUCCCAGAACUUUCAAACAUCAAUGUAAGAUUUUGAUUAGUAUCGUUCACAAAUAAUGUAUUCUACUUCAGUGUAGCGGCUUUUUUAUAAUUUAAUAAACAAACGUAAACGCUUACUAUCGUUAAAUGUAUUUAUUGUCAACGUGAAUUGAAAACACGUAUCCGUCGUACUAAGUCACGAUUCAGGAAUAUAAAUAAUGGACAGUUACAGAAUCCUACAACAAGGCGCUGUGGUAGUUCCCAAAAACUCUGGCAUUGCUGUUAAAACUAGGUACUGCAUUUGUCUCAACACUUUAUACUAAUUGUAACGUGAUGUAUUAAUUCUUAUGUAUUAAAAAAAAAACAAUGAAUACAAUAAUUUCAAUAGAA